CCGCGGGGACGGCGGUGGAGCCUGUGCGCGGGCCGGGUACCCUGGGCACCGUGUUUCCGUGGUGGGGACCGGAGAUUUGGGACCCGAUGUGCGUGAGAGGCCGUGAGUGCGGGGUUGGGCGAGACCGUGUCCGAGGCCCGCGGGGAAAGGGGGCGCCUGCUGUCUGCCCCGCCUCGGGCACUGGCCGGGGCAGAACUGACCCGAGACGUGGCCCUAACGAGGUCGUGUGAGGGUGCCCGACGUCCCUCCCUGUGUGUACUCCCCACAGAAGAGAAGGACACCCUCGGGGCGCUGGCGAAGGUUUCCGCAGGGGGUUCGUUUCAACAGCUCCGGGGCCGUCGACUGGGUGAGGGGAGGAGGCCUCGUUUCUCGAGGCUGAUGGGGCUGUGGGCGGGGUGUCAGGAGCCAGCCCGGGGCCCUGCCGGCGAAUGUGGGUCCCCGGCUUGGCUUCCAGACGUGAGACGUGGAAGGUGAUUAUUCCUCAGCUGCCUAUUACGAAGGCCCAGAUAGUCCACCUCGGAAGGCCAGCUGGAGGGGAGCGGCGGCCAGCCUGCUGCCGCCGAGGAGCGGUGGGCCUUGGGGAGCCCCAGGUUCUCCAUCUCUAGGGGUGGCCCAGAGGCCCUGGGGGAGGAGGAGGAGCCCAAGGGCCCCCUCAGGGUGCAGGACCUGCAGGGGGCCUGUGUGCAGCCUGUCCACGGUGUGCAGGAGUGGCGGGACGGCUGUGUCUACCAAGGGGAGUUCGGGCUGGACACAAAGCUGGGAUACGGCGAGUUCUCCUGGCCGACUGGCGAGUCCUACCGCGGGCAGUUUUACCGGGAUCACUGCCAUGGCCUGGGCACCUAUGCGUGGCCAGAUGGCUCCAGUUUCACGGGCAUGUUUUACCUCAGCUGCCGAGAAGGCUACGGCACCCUGUACCUAAAGACAAGCCUCUUUCAGGGGUUGUACAAGGCAGACAGGCGGUUUGGGCCAGGCAUCGAGACUUACCCUGAUGGCAGCCAGGAUGUUGGGCUGUGGUUCCGGGAGCAUCUCAUCAAGCUGUGCACGGAGGUGCCUGGCAGCUUCUCCAUGAGCAACUUCCCUGAGUUCUCAGGCUUCCUCACGCGCUGCCCGGCUAGAAUCAGUCUCUCAGAUGAGGAAAAGAUGGAGUGGGCCCUGCAUGAAGAACAGGACCCCUUUUUCUAUGACUAUAAGCAGUUUCUUCUGAAUGAUGACGUAACUCUGCCUCCAGAAAUGUACAUUUACUCAACCGACAGCAGCCACCUACCCAUGACCCGCUCUUUCUGCGAAGACCUGGACGCCCGGGUCUUCCUCGAUGACACCCCUCCCUUGGCUGAAGACGGACAGCCCUGGCUCAUCCAGAAUGAGACCCCUCUGAUGGUCAGAAUCCAGAAGCAAACUUACAAGUUCAGGAACAAGAAGGCUCACAACGACUGGAACAUGGGCGCCAUCCUGGCGGGGAACCGGAGCAGCUUCGCACGCUGCGGGCCCAAGGAGCGGCUGUCCCAGGAGAUGAUCCUGAGGGCCGAAGAAGGGGCUUGUGACUGGAUUCAUGGGGUCCUCAGGGAGAACCUUGCCAGCCCCGAUGUGGCCGACGCCAAGGGCUACACCGUGCUCGCCGCGGCCACUGUGCACGGUCACACUGACAUCAUCAGCCUCCUGCUGGACAGCGGGGCCGACGUGAACAAGUGCUCGGACGAGGGCCUCACGCCUCUCAGCAUGUCCUUCCUCCUCCACUACCCGGCCAGGUCCUUCAAGCCCAACAUUGCCGAGAGGACAGCAGCCGAGUCCCAGGUCGGCCCAGCGCCCGUGGCUGGGCGCAGAAACCGGUGGCUCACCAUCAGGCUCCUGCUGCGCCGCGGCGCGGACCCCAACCUGUGCCACGUGCCCAUGCAGGUCCUGUUCUUCGCCGUGAAGGCCGGAGAUGUGGAGGGCGUGAAGUUGCUGCUGCAGGAGGGGGCCAGGGCCGACACUGAGCUCCCUGCCGAGCUGGGGUCCCUGACCCCCCUCCACAUUGCAGCUGCCCUGCCCGGGGAGGAGGGUGUCCAGAUAACAGAGCUGCUGCUCCACGCCAUCACCGACGUGGACGCCAGGGCAGCAGACCAGGAUGACGUGUACAAGUGGGAUCAGGUGCACUGCCCGGCUGCUGUGGGGUGUGGCACUUUGGCCCCUGGGGUCUCUGUGGACAGUGUCACCCUUUUGGUUCAAAAUUUCCCUUCUGUGUUACCUGUCCCUGAGGAGCUAGACCUGCUGCCUUCAAGCCUGAAGCUCAGCGGUGAAACGGGCCCACCCAGCAUCUACUACACUGAGUGCACGUCUGCCCCGAAUGAGGGGGGCAGGACGGCUCUGCACAUGGCCUGUGAGCGGGAGGACAACUACGGGUGUGCCAGGGACGUAGUCCGGCUCCUUCUGUCUCACAAGGCGGACCCCACCAUGCUGUGGAGUGGCCACUCCCCACUCUCCCUGUCCAUCGCUAGUGGGAACGACCUGAUUGUGAAGGAGCUUCUGUCCCAUGGGGCUGACCCGAACCUGCACCUGACCAGAGGCCUGGGCAGUGCCCUGUGCAUCGCCUGUGACAUCUCCUAUGAGCACCGGAGGAGCAUGGAGAGCAAGCUGGCCCUGAUUGACCGGCUCAUUGAUUAUGGGGCUGAUAUCCUGAGCCCGGUGACCCUCACUCAGGGGAACAAGGUGGCUGUGGGCACGGCCGUCGACUACGGGUAUUUCAGAUUCUACCAGGACCGGAAGAUCGCUCACUGCCCCUUCCAUGUGCUGAUGCCGGCUGAGCGGGAGACGUUCCUGGCCCGGAAGAGGCUCCUGGACCACAUGGGCUUCCAGCUGCGCCGUGCCGUCCUCUCCAAGGAGAGCCAGUGGGACCCAAAGGCGCUGUACCUGAGCAAGCGAGCGCUGACCUUCUGCCGUAACCCAAGGCGGACGGGCACCGGCCAGCCCAAGGAGCCUCAGGCUGAGCCGGAGCGGGUUCCCUUCUUCAAGUUCUGCUACCAGUGCGGCCGCUCCGUUGGGGUGCGCCUCGUGCCCUGCACGCGCUGCUACGGGAUCCUGACCUGCAGCAAGACCUGUAGGACCAGAGCCUGGGCGGACUUCCACGGGAGGGACUGUGGCGCCCUGAUGGCCGCUGGGAAAAUGUACGGGGCUCCGUUCACGGAGAACUCCAGGAAGCCCUUGCGGCCUCUGGGCAGGGCGGCGAGCCGGAAGCCUGAGAUCCGCAAGGGGCCACACCCGCCAAAAUGCUUCCAUUCCACCUACAAGCAGGAGUGAGCCGCCAGCUGCCCACCUGACUCCACGGGGCUCUGCAGCCUCCUGAGGCCGUCUCCCAACCUGCCAGGGAAGGCCUUCACCCCACCCCCAGCUGGGAGGAGCGGGACCACCACCCUGGGCCUCGAGGGGGCACCUGAGGUGGCGCUCUGCGGGGCAGGCCCAGGGGCGCAUCGAGAGCUGCAGCCACCCCCAUGGAGCCACGUUCUCCCUCCGUGUGCACUGCCCAGCCCACUGUGCCGAGGGGUCCUGCUCCUUGGUCCUGGGGCCCAGUGGCUGGGCUCUCAGCUCUCCGGGCCCCCCGGCGAGAGACGCUUUGCUGAAUGUUCACGUGGUAGACCAGCGUGGGCUGAGCACCCAAUAAAGUGGCCCUCCAGUAGCUCCUGCCUCUGCACUGGCCUCUAGCUUCCAGCCAAGGAGAUGGUGGUGUCAUGCUUGCAAGGCUGGUGCUCAAGCAGGGGAGCAGGGCCCACCCUUUGGGUGAGGAGGGGGCUGGCAGCUUUGUCCCGGGGACUGUGCAGGGCUCUUGGGGAGGCAGGAAAUGGGGUGGGGGUCCCUGCUCUGGCCGGUGUCAUGCUGGGGACAGGCUGGAAUCGGACAGUC